AUGCAGGAACGUCUCUCUCCAGCCUGUAUAGUCAAGCCAACGUGUUCUCAAGAUGUGUCAAUCAUCGUUGCUGCUUUGGCAAAAAUCCACUCCACGGACCCAGAGGCAUCUUUGUUUGCCAUUCGCAGUGGUGGUCACACCCCCUUUGCCGGUGCAGCAAAUGAUAACGGCGGCGUUACUAUAGAUUUGACUUUGCUAAACUCGACUGCAGUUAGCAAGGAUUAUGAAGUCAUUUCAGUUGGCGCGGGCUCUAUUUGGAAUAACAUAUAUGAGAAACUGGAUCCCAGGAAUCUUACAGCUGUUGGAGAGCGUGUAGCUGGAAUAGGUGUUGGCGGAUUGUUGACUGGAGGCGGAAUAUCAUUCUUCUCAUCACAAUAUGGAUGGGCCUGUGACAAUAUAGAAGGCAUGGAGAUUGUCGUCGCAAAUGGCUCAAUUGUCUACGCUUCCGCCUUUCAUAACACAGAUCUUUCCCAGGCUAUGAAAUGA